CGCAACCUAUAUGCUAAUUAGCCUUAGCGUUAAGGUAGCGGACUGAAAGGUUAAGCUACAUGGUUGUUUGCGUUUCACAGGAUGCAAGUCUUUGUUUUAUGUGUAGUUUGACAGUAAUAGACAGCGUUAAACCUCUUGUUUGUUUGUUUGUUUUUUUUUGUUGAGGAAGUGUUCACGAUAUGCCAAACAGUGUUUGUUGUUGAAGUAAGUUGAAUUUAUUUCACAGCCAUCAGGUCACUCGUAUCUCGAGGCACUGCUGUACAUGAGGGGGGUGAAAAUAUUUUUGGUUUCCUCACUCAUCGAUGCCCAACGCUCCACAGAAAUCAUUUGUGCUGGCUGCGUUGCUGUGGGUUUUUAAAUCCAAAUCUUAACGCUUAUCUAUUGUCAAUACUGAACCCGCCUUUGUUUGCCUGCCUCGCAACAAGGAAUCGGCUUGUAAUGAUAUUGGCUCAAGGAGGGCCGCGCUUGUGCGGUCGGUCAUUGUUGAUUGUACAUCAAACAAUGGCGCUCUCUGGCUUCACUUUUCAAAGGAGAACACACCCGUUCUGUCCCCGUAACCGUCGAGGUUUACAGUACCAGCAACAUUCCCGUGCGCGUGCUUCCCCGUGUUUGUAGGCGGCACUCAUUCCGCGCGAGUAAGGCCGCGGUGACUUUAAGCUCGCCAAGGAACUUUACUCCUGUUUUGUCCCUCAAUAAUUUCCCUGUCGGGAUUGAGAGAUAACUGGCGACAAACCGGCAAGCAUGCUGCAGGAGAUGAAGGAGUUUGGCUCACAUGCCAUGGAUAUAUAUGACUACCUCGUCGCAGGAAUUGAUCCUCGAAUGAAGAAUCAUUUCCUGAUGCAGAGUCCUAUUCCCAUGACUGUCAUUUUGCUGUGCUACCUGUUCUUUGUCCUCUACCUGGGCCCUCGCAUCAUGGCCAAUCGAAAGCCCUUCCAGCUCAAGGAGGCCAUGAUUGUCUAUAACUUUGCAUUGGUGGCGCUGUCGAUUUAUAUCGUUUACGAGUUCUUGAUGUCCGGCUGGGCCACAACGUAUACUUGGCGAUGUGACGCAAUCGAUGUUUCCGACAGCCCUCAAGCACUUAGAAUGGUUGAUGUGGCCUGGCUGUUUUGGUUCUCCAAAAUCAUUGAGCUCAUGGACACCAUGUUCUUCGUACUGAGAAAAAAGAGUGGGCAGAUCACGUUCCUCCACAUCUUCCACCACUCCUUCAUGCCCUGGACCUGGUGGUGGGGAGUUGGCUACGCUCCCGGUGGAAUGGGAUCCUUCCACGCCAUGGUGAAUUCUUCCGUCCACGUGAUCAUGUACUUCUACUACUUCCUCGCUGCGGCCGGACCUCGCUUCCAGAAGUUCCUUUGGUGGAAGAAGUACAUGACAGCCAUUCAGCUUAUCCAGUUCGUCCUGGUAUCCCUCCAUGUGACUCAGUAUUACUUCAUGGACAGCUGCGACUACCAGUUCCCCAUGAUCAUCCACAUGGUGUGGGUAUACGGCACCUUCUUCUUCGUGCUCUUCUCCAACUUCUGGGUGCAAGCCUACGUCAAGGGCAAGCGGCUGCCCAAGCAGGAAAUCAAGACGUCUCAGAACGGCGCCGCCGCCUCCUCCUCCGCCCCAACCGUGUACGCCAACGGCAAGCACCACGAGAACGGCCUCAAACACGGCACGUCCAACGGCACCAGCAACGGCUCGACCCACCACGAAAAUGGCAGCGCUCCCAUGGGCAAGAUGAAGAAGGCCUAAGGGGAGUGCCGGAGGGGGUGGGGGCAAAGAAAGUCCCAAAAAAUAUGACCUCGCGAAGCCGUCACACCGAUCUCGGAUUCCAAAGAUGAUUUUGGCUGCGUUUCUUGUCCUAUUUUUAGUUUUCUCUGUGAAACGUGGGAGGGAGCGAAGUAGCGCAGUCCAUGAUUUCCACAAAGGGGGAUUCCACAUUUGGUUGGUUUGGUUGUCUCUCUGAGUUUUGGGGGGAAAAGCACAAUGUAUGAAGAGAAGAUAUUCACCGACAUGCAAAUUUAGUAUCACACUGGUUGCCUUUCACUUUAGAAGAUGUGUCCUCGUAUCACCCCUUUGUGGACAGAUGACUGUUCACAAGACUUGAAAAUACUUUUAUCUGUAAAUAGUUUUACAACAAAAUAACUGUAUUGGUAAGGCUUUCUACUUUCUAAAUUGUGUAUUUAAAAAUAAAAUGCCAAUAAACCAUGCUAUAAAU